AUGGCGGACAAGCUGGACCGCAGCCUCGACGAGAUCCUCGGCGAAAAGAAGAGCGACGGUCAUCGCAACAACCGUGGAAAUGGCAGAAGCGCCCCCCGCAGACGCGAACGUGAGCGCCAGGACUACCCUCGCGAUGGCGUGAGAAAGGUACGGCGCGAUGCACAACCUGUCACCUGCUUUCGGUCCUCCUUCCGUGACGAGCCUAGAAACCUCGAUAGGGAUUCCAGCUCCUCAAAAAUCCGUGUCGAGAACAUCCACUACGAGCUGACUCCAGAGGAUUUGGAGGAAUUGUUCAGUAGAAUCGGCCCUGUCGCAAAGCUGGACCUCAAGUAUGACCGCGCUGGCCGCUCGGAAGGCAUUGCUUUCGUCACGAUGGAGUCCCGCGCGGAUGCUUUGGAUGCGAUCAAGGAGUUUGACGGCGCUAAUGCUAACGGCCAACCGAUCAAGCUAUCAAUCAUGGCUGGCGGAGCGGGCGGUCGAUCUCGCAACCCCUUCGACUCGGCGGUGAUGCCGGGCCGUCCACUUGCCGAGCGUAUCUCUGCUCCCAGUGGCCGGUUGAGAUCCAUGUCUCCUGGGAGAAAAUAUGACGUCGACGAAGCUGCUGAGAGGGGUAUUGACAGAUACGUCCCGGGAAACCGUUCGCGCAGCCCCAUCCCCCGGCGGCGCGGGAAUGGUGGCGGUAACAGUGGACGUAGACCUGGAGCUCGUAGGGAGGGGGGUAGAGACGGCGGUAGAGACGGCGGUAGAGAUCAAGAUGGGGGGAGAGGCGGCCGCUCGGGUAGAGACGGCCGUACUCGGAAGACCCAGGAGGAACUGGAUGCCGAGAUGGCGGACUACUUUGGCGGAGGAAACUCCGGAGAGACUGCGCCUCAGCCGAACGGUGGCGCUGCGGCUGCUGCGGUGCCCGCUACGAACGACGAUAUCGAUAUGAUUGAGUAA